GCGAUGCCCACCGCCUUGUGCUCCAUCGCUCUAGCCCUGCUCGUGGCCCUGCACGAAGGCAAGAGCCAGGCCGCUACCACCCCCAUCCCAGAGCAACCAGCGCCCUUGCCCCGGGCCCGAGGCUCCCACCUGCGGACUCGACGCUGCUCCUGCAGCUCCUGGCUCGACAAGGAGUGCGUCUACUUUUGCCACCUGGACAUUAUCUGGGUGAACACUCCCGGACAGACAGCUCCUUACGGCCUGGGAAACCCGCCAAGACGCUGGCGCCGCUCUCUGCCAAGACGCUGUGAGUGCUACAGUGCCAGGGACCCCGCCUGUGCCACCUUCUGCCAUCAAAGGCCCUGGACUGAUGCGGCAGCAGUCCCAGGCAGCGGGUCCCCUGCAGCUGCGUUCCAGGAUGGCAAGACGCAGGCCACGGCAGGAGAGCUCCUCCAGCGGCUGAGGGUUAUUUCUGCAACCAAGAUCCACUUUGCUAGGCAACAGCAGAAGACGAUGAGGGAGACCAGACCUACACACUCCAGGCAGAGGAAGAGAUAGCUCUCGACUCUGGGAGAACUUUGGGAAGGAAGCCUGUGUGGAUACAGGAGGAGAGGGGCAUCCCAGAGCUGGGAGACCUUCCGACCUGUUUCCUGGGCCAGAAAACCCAGCUGCUGGAGCAGACACAAGCUCUGGCCUCCUCGCCCUGGGGAGGGGGCCUCGCUCAAGGCAGCUCCGUGACACCAGGAAAGUCAUCAGGCCCCAGGCUGCAGCAUGGCCUCCCACACUGGCUCCAGUUUCAAGGCCCUGCUGAAAGGAAUGGCAUGCGGAAUGUGCUAACCUGGAGGUGUCCUGUCUGGCGGCUGUGAACCAGGAACAACGUGCAGUGGCGGGCACUCACACCUAAGCCAGCCCCAGAGGCCAAACGAGUCCCCUCACCCCUGUUCUGUCCCCUCCAGCCCUCCCUCUCCAAUGUCCUUAUUCUCCCCUCAUACCCUCGGGGCACUCUUGGUGAGAAGGGCCUGCGCCACUUCACCUGUCUGUAUAUAACUUAUUUGCUCUAAGAAAUUUGACGAUUCCGAUUAUUUAUUUUAACGUAUUUUUUUAGACUCUCAAUUAUUUACCUGCGAACUUGUGUUUGUAAUAAACAACAAAAUAAUGCUCUAGCAUUUGGUCUUGGUUGAGCAGGAGGUGGGAGGCACUUUUCAGGAAGGGGCUGCUUAGAAGUGAAGGGAACAAGGGACAGCGGGGAAAGAGCCUGAGGCAGGUGUGGAGCCCUGAGUUGCACACCCCUGUGCCCUGGCUGGGCAUCGCUGGCUGCUGACCCACCCUCUCUGGACUUUUGCCUAUCAUGUGCCUAGACAGCCAUUUGCAGCUUUGAUAUCCUGGGUUCCAGGAUCUGUGUUUCUAUCAGGCCGUUAAGUGUUGGCCAGGCCUUUCCCCAGAGCAUGUUUCAUAGGAGCCAAGACUACGAGGACCCACUUCUGCUCUGGUUGCCACCCCUGAGAUUCAGAGCAAACCUGUCCAGUGAGGGCCGUGUACUGUUCCAAGGCUGUGGGCAGCCCUACUGGCCGGGGAUGGCUGUUGUGAUGGAGUGGUAGACUGCUCCUUGUCCCUCACCCUGGGCUUGGACAGACCCUGCUGGGGGCGCUCAACACUUCUGUCACUAAAGAAGCCCAGGGCUCUAGCACUGGGUUGGCCGAUCCUGCCAAGGCCCCAGGAAGCUGCUCACCUGAGUCCCAGGGACAGCCAGAAGCUACCCCCGCUGGCAGCUCCUGAGACCUACAGCCUCCACGGCUGCCAAAUCCCCCUGCGAACAAACUGUUCCCUUUCCCCUGGCAGGCCUCUGCUGGGAAUGGUACGCUGUGGCCUGAGCCAGUUAUUGAAAAAUAAUUAUUUACACACUACUCUAAGCCUGCCUUGUCCGUGGAGCCAGCCCCAACUCCCUCCUGGGAGAAGAACAUGUUGACGCAUAUUGAACUCCUACUGUUUGCUGGCAUUUUAGGCAGAUAAACUCACUUCAUCCUCAUGACAAUCCCACGAUAUAGGUACUUUUAUUAUCCCCAUUUUACAGAUGAGGAAACUAACGCACAGAGAAGGCAAGUAAUUUUCCUGGGGUCUCGCAGCAAGUAAGUGGCAGCAUCAGGAUUUGAACCCAGAGUGUA